AUGAGCACUUCUCUUUCUGACUCGGCUUGGGAAUGUCUACAGACAGCCGCGCAGUACGCAUUCGGGCUCCAGCAACCUGACGGGCACUGGUAUACCGAACUCCGAUCCAACAUCUCCUUCACAGCGCAGUACGUCUGCUUGCGUGAGAUCGUCGGCACCAGCCUCAGAGCAUCACAAGACGGCUCCCAAUUCCGCAAAUGGCUUCUCGCUCAGCAAAACGUUGACGGUUCCUGGAGUCUGGCACCGGGCGAGCCAGGCGACCUCUCCAUUUCUGUGGAGGGUUACUUUGCGUUAAAGUUACUCGGCGUCUCCCCCAAAGACCAAAGCAUGUGCCGUGCAAGGAACUUUACUCUCAGCGUCGGCGGCCUUCCGCAGGUUGGCAUCAUCACUCAGUUCCUCCUGGCCUUGUUCGGGCUCGUUGAUUGGGACGAAAUAGCGCAAGUCCCGGCGGAGUUGAUAUUGCUGCCAACCUGGAGUCCCAUCAACAUGUACGCAUUUGCACAUUGGUCACGCGUAACGGCCGUGGCCAUGAUGGUACUACGCCAUCACCAGCCCGUAUUCCCGCUACCUACCAAGCUCGCGUCACCGGGGACGUCCUUCCUCCACGAGCUCCACCCGGACCCAACAGACCUACGACUGAAGUUCUAUCCGAGUAUUGCUAGGCUAUGGCGAUCCGGGGAGUACGGGCGCUGCGCGGCCGCUGUGGUCGACAAAGCCGUCGGCCUGAUCGAUCCAGUGGUCAAGAGAACGCCCGUGCGAACGAAAUCGCUUUCUCAAUGCGUCCAAUUCAUGCUCGAACGCCAGACCAAGAGCGGAUACGCGUCCUUCUGGCCGGCCAACUUCAACUGCAUACUUGCACUCUACUGCCAGGGCCACUCUUUCAAGGACCCCGUCAUUCAGCGUCUACUGCGGGCAGUCGACACUUUCUACGUCUGGAAAGACGAGGACGGCAUGCGAAACCAGGUCACGUGCGGUCCAUCAUGGGAUACGGCGCUGAUGGCUCUGGGGCUGUGCGAAUCAGGUUUGGGCGACGAGCGUUUGAGCAAGACGCUGGACUGGUUCAAGUCCACUCAGAUUCUCAACGUUCGAGGCGACUUCGGGGUGCAGGCUCCCGGUCUGCCGCCCGGUGGUUGGGCUUUCCAGUACAACAACGAUUGGUACCCAGACACGGAUGACACGGCAACCAUUCUGCUGGCAAUCCUUUCGUGGAGGCCAUCUGAGCUCAACUCCGAUUGCUGUGUCCGAACCGUUCAGUGGCUUCUGGGCAUGCAGUGCACCAACGGAGGCUGGGGCUGCUACGACAUCAACAACGAGAACUACUUCCUCAACCUGUUUCCGUUCGGACAAGGAAACGAGUUCUACGACGCCCCCGUACCGGACGUCACUGCUCGCAUCCUGGAGGGUCUCGGCUUCGUUCUCCGCCUCCAAAAGACUGCCGAUAAGUUGAACAGGCUGCCGCAGCCUCUCGUCGACCAGGUCCGAAACGCCUGCGCCAAGGCGAUAUCCUAUCUGCAUGCCACGCAAGACGAAGUCACUGGGGCGUGGAAGUCGAGAUGGCACAUCAACUACAUCAACGGGACGGGGAGUGCGCUCCAGGCGCUGGCUCUGUUCGACGACGCGUUCGACGCCCGCGUGUCGGGCAUGAUCCAGCGCGCGCUCGGGUGGAUGAAAUCAGCACAAAACACCGACGGCGGAUGGGGCGAGACUCUGCGCACCUACAGGGACCCAACGCUGCUCGGCCAGGGCGACUCGACGCCCUCGCAGACCUCAUGGGCCCUGCUCGGGCUGCUCUCACAUCUGGACGUCGAGGACGAGUCGAUCAAGCGGGGAGUCGAGCACUUGGUACGCACUCAGGUCGCCCCCGGAAAAUCGAACUUGCCAGGUAAGACUUGGGAACAGACUGGAUAUGUCAGCGUUGCUUUUCCCAACAUCACUUGGCUUGACUACACCAGUACCAGGCACGCGUAUCCCAUGAUGGCGCUCGGCCGAUACAUCCAUAAAGUUCGGGCCGAGGCAAAAUGUAUUUAG